AUAUCACGUCCUUGAAACAGUUCAAUUCAACACUCGUCGAGCUGAAGUUAAAUCAACCUGAGACAUGGUGGGUUUUCUCUGCCUUCUCCUCUCUCUGACUGGUCUACAAGUGGAGGGUUUCAGUGGGGGAGGAUCUCUUAUUGCUUCUCAGUGUGGCUCAAUGCUACCUGGUAAUAGUUUUCAUGGCAGCACAGGGCAGAGCUCUUCCUCACCAUACACUGUCACUGUCAACCAGACCACCUACCAGCCAGGAGACACCAUCCAAGUGACUCUGUCAGGAAAAGUCAGCUAUAAAGGGUUUCUUCUGGAGGCCCAUGAGGAAGGACAGAACAAGGCUGUGGGAACGUUCUCUCUCGGCAGUGGAACUGGGAUCGUUCUUGUACCUUGCAAUGGGAUCGCAGCCUCUGGGGUGAGUCAAAGCAACAUUCAGCCUAAAUCAUCAGUAACAGUCACCUGGACAUCACCAUCCUCAGCAUCCUUGGGCAACAUCAUAGUCAAGUCAACAUUUAUGCAGACCUCCAGUGUAUUUUGGAUUGCAGUGCCUAGCAUGGCAGUUAACCGACUGUCCUCAGUUGUCACCACCACAAGUGCUCCUACUACAACAACUACAGCUCCUACUAAAACAACUACAGCUCCUACUAUAGCAACUACAGCUCCUACUACAACAACUACAGCUACUAGGAUCUUGGCUCCUCAUCACACUUUUGACAGGCCUCUCCAGUCAGGUUUCCUCAAGCUGUAG